AUGACGGGCAACGGGCUUCUUGGUGGCCACGAGAAGAAGCACAAGGUCACCAUUGUGGGAUCCGGCAAUUGGGGUUCUACGAUUGCCAAGAUUGUUGCCGAGAACACAAAGCAGCAUAAUGACGUCUUCGAGGAGCAGGUCCAGAUGUGGGUGUAUGAGGAGGAAGUUGUUGUUACCAGCGACUCGAAGCACUACGAUCCAUCUAUGGGCGACAAGCCUCAAAAACUGACCUCCAUUAUCAACAAAUAUCACGAAAACGUCAAGUACCUGCCUGGUAUUACUCUCCCCUCCAACAUCGUCGCCAAUCCCUCGCUCGUCGAUGCCGUCAAGGACUCGUCCAUCCUCAUCUUCAAUCUGCCACAUCAGUUUAUCGCCAAGGUCUGUGACCAGCUGCGGGGCCGCAUUUUGCCAUUUGCACGCGGCAUCAGCUGUAUCAAGGGAGUCAACGUCACCGACGACGGUGUCAGCCUGUUCAGUGAGUGGAUUGGUGACGGCUUGAAUAUCUACGUUGGUGCCUUGAGUGGGGCCAACAUCGCCAGCGAGAUUGCUGCCGAGAAGUGGUCAGAGACCACCAUCGCCUACGACCCGCCACCGAUGGACAAUAGCAGAAAUCCUUCGCCACGCUCUGGUAGUCCCAACCCCGGCAUUACCGUCACCGACCUGCAGGAUGUUUCGCACAGAGAUUGCAGAGGCCGGGCCUCCAAAACUAAGCUCACUGGUGUGCCUGCGGAAUAUCCGCCACUGGAUCAUGAUUGCUUCCGCACUCUAUUCCAUCGCCCGUACUUCCAUGUUCAGAUGGUGUCCGAUGUCGCCGGCGUCUCGCUUGGUGGUGCCUUGAAGAAUAUUGUUGCUUUGGCCGCUGGUUUUGUUGACGGGCGUGGCUGGGGUGAUAAUGCCAAGGCUGCGAUUAUGCGCAUCGGCUUAAUGGAAAUGGUAAAAUUCGGAAAGGAAUUCUUUGGUGAAACAGUCCAGAGCCAAACCUUUACUGAAACGUCUGCUGGCGUAGCUGAUUUGAUUACGUCUUCUUCUGGCGGACGAAACUUCCGUUGUGCCAAAAAAGCUGUUGAGAAGGGCAUCACAGUUGAUGAAGUGGAGCAACAAGACUUGAACGGCCAGAAGCUGCAAGGAACGACCACGGCAUAUGAGGUCAACAGCUUUUUAAAAGCACGUGGGCUGGAGAAGGAAUACCCCUUGUUCACAGCGGUCAACGACAUUUUGCUCAACAAGAGACAGGUCGAUGAUAUCCCCAACUUGGUGGCACAAGUCACAGAUGGUGCGUGA